AUGGUCACCAUUCUCUCUGCUUCUAUAGCCAUUCUGGUUAACUUAGCAUUGGAGGCUUUGACCAACAAUACAUACAAUGCCAGCCAUCUUUUUGACGGCGAAAUCUUCGGGUCACAAUCCGAAAGGAUCUACGCCCUGAAGUACGGUUUGGCAUCGCUGUUUCUAUCGGUUAGCUUCUUAUGCAGUUCUAUGGCAGUGGGAUUUCUAAUCGACGCUAAUUUCUUGAUAAAUGCUGUUUCUGAUGAUGAUCGAUUCUCGUCUGAUCCUUAUUCCUACACACAAACCAUAUUCGAACGAGGGUUCGGUUUAGCUCUUGUUGGAAACCGGGUGCUCUGUGUCACGUUUCCUAUGUUGUUGUGGAUGUUCGGUCCGUUUCCUGUGGUCCUGUCAUCGGCAGCAUUGGUUUGGGGUUUGUAUGAAUUUGACUUUGAGUCUGCUAAACAAAUUUAUUGA